AUGGGGUUACCCAGAAGUAGACCUGAUGGCGUCACGCCACAACCGAAAGGUUCCAGCCUUCUUUGCACGUUGCCGGGAUCCUCUAGCAUUGGCAGCAGACACCCUCACGGCUCCGUGGGAUUUUCAACUAGCCUAUGCGUUCCCACCGAUUCCUCUGAUACCCAGAACAAUCAAGAAAGUACAAAGAGAAAACACCACUCUCAUCCUAAUAGCACCAAACUGGCCACGGCGUCCUUGGUUCUCGGAAGUCCUCAAUAUUUCAAUAGAGGAACCGUGGAUUCUUCUAUCAAUACCGGACCUACUCCACCAAGGUCGAAUUCAACAUCCCAAUCCUCAAAGCCUCAAUUUGACUGCGUGGCUCUUGAGACCCAGAUCCUGAAGAAUAAGGGUUUCUCAGACGCAAUGAUUUCCACCAUGCGAGCUGCACGAAAGUCUACCUCAGCUAGAGCAUAUUAUCGAGUGUGGACUAGCUACAAGCAAUGGUGCCUCAAACACAAGAUGAACUUUGAUAAAUUUUCAUUGCCGAAUCUUUUGGAAUUUCUCCAAGAAGGUGUGUCACUGGGGCUCUCCCUCGGUUCUCUCAGAUCCCAGAUCUCGGCUCUUUCUAUUCUCUUCCAGAGGAGGUUGGCGUUUUUGUCGGAUGUUAAAACUUUCCUUCAGCGAGUAGCACAUGUAGCUCCUCCAUUUCGAAAGCCGGUGGCAACAUGGGACCUCACUUUGGUUCUAAAAGCACUUCAAAGAGCCCCGUUCGAACCAAUGAAGUCGAUACCUUUGCAGUGGGUAACAUGGAAGACUGUUUUCUUAAUCGCAAUUGCAUCAGCGAGGCGAGUCUCGGAGAACAGCGCUCUAUCCUGCCGAACACCUUUCCUCACUUUCCACUCUGACAGAGCAGUGCUACGCACAGUACCUACAUUCCUACCGAAGGUAGUUUCAGCGUUCCAUAUUAACCAGGAAAUAACCAUUCCUACAUUCUGCCCUUUGCCAGCAAAUCCUAAGGAGGCAGCACUUCAUUCCUUGGACCUAGUAUGUGCACUGAAAUUCUACUUGCACAGGGUUCGCGAUAUCCAAAAGACAGAUUCACUCUUCGUUCUCAAUUCCGGCCCACAAAAAGGAGCAUCUGCAACAAAAACGUCCAUAUCCAGGUGGAUCAAACAGACUGUACACAGAGCAUAUGUAGCACAAGGAGUGACACCUCCAGACAAGAUAAAGGCUCACUCCACCAGAGGGAUGAGCACAACCUGGGCCUUCUGUAAUCAGGCUUCAGCAGAGCAGCUGUGCAAAGCAGCUAUGUUGACCUCGCUCCACUCCUUUGCAAAAUUCUAUCAUUUUGAUACCUUUGCGGCACAUGACACACGCUUUGGCAGAAAGGUGCUUCAAGCCGCAGUGGGUUCUUCCACUUAAGGCCUCAGCCCGCCCUUUAAAGGGGACAGCUUUGACAUUUAAUUAUCUUUCUCCUUAACCAGCCUAUGAGGAAUUCACCUCCCAGAAAACAUUCCCCAUAAGAUUUUAUUCUAUAUUUAAACCACAUUUGCCUGCAUGUACUGGGCAUUCUACACAGCAAACAGCACUGUAACGUGCGUAAUGAGAAGAGUGGCCUCUGAAGAAACAAAAAAACGUUAACUUAAGAAUCAAUGUUACAACUGACUUAAGUUAUUACUAAGUUAAAGGCGAAAUUUCACAACAUAAGGUACUUAUAUACAGUUUGAAGAUAUAUAUGAAAGAUACUAUACCAUAUGAAGAUACCAUACCAUAUGAAACACUUGUCUGGUUUGUAUAUGAAUAUAAAAUGGUCAAUUCCAGGACGAAACCUUUUUAAUUGUCUGAGGAUUCUGUGUGUAAUAGUACUGUAUUAAUUCAUGAUUUGUAGAGUAAACAUUUCAGUUAUUUAAUUUGCAUUUAAAAAGGCCAACAAUGUGAACUACAAUUUGUGGUACCGUUAUAUAUUUAAUACAUAUAUUUUUCCCUGACGGAGGCUCCUGUGCGGAGCCGAAACGUUGGACUUCAAAUAAUCCUCCACUUCAUUGACUUCUUUUGACUCCUUGGCCUGUUGUAAAAAUCACCCUGGUGUGCUGUCACUCCCUGCAUUAAAUAUAUAUAUAUAAUAUAUAUAUAUAUAUAUAUAUAUACACAGCAGACAAGGUAUUAGCGUUCAUUUUUUUCUAAUUUAAAAAUUGACCUUUUUCAUGUUCUCUUCUAUCUUCUACAGCAAAAAAGGAAACUAAAAUAAAUAUAUGUUAUUUUC